AUGGGCUGCGGCUCCAGCAAACAAGUCUCCAACUACCCCCCGCCCAUGCGGCAAACCCACCGCCAAAAGCGCAAAAACCGACGUAGCGCAUACAGCGGGCCACAAGGCGCUUAUGUAGGCAAUGCGCCGUACAUUGCUGAAUAUGGCGUAUAUGAUGACGGGAAUGUGGGUGGUGCGCAUCAUGGACAUCAUGGACACCACGGGCAUGGACAUGGAGGGGGCGGGAUCUUUGGUUUUGGUGGGGACAGCGGAGGUGGAUAUGGAGGGGGGGGAGAUGGAGGAGGCGGAGGGGGCGGUGGUGGGGGAGGAGAUGGUGGGGGUGGUGGUGGAGGCUGCUAA